AUGACAUUAAUCCCAACAUACGAAAUCGAUAGAACGGACUUAACAAGAUGGAGGUUAAAAGUUGAUCAUGGUAGACAAACGUGGCAUUAUUUGGAGAGUGAAGAGGAAAUCAGAAAUUAUCCUCAAUCUAUUAUUGAAAAGUAUUGGCUCGGUUUGCCUUUUGAAACCGAGAAGUUUGGUCUCCCAACAAGCGCACUAGAAUCAGCGCGGAAUGGAUUUGAAUUCUUCAAGAAACUACAAACCGAGGAUGGUCAUUGGGCAGGAGAAUACGGAGGUCCAAUGUUUUUACUCCCAGGACUUAUCAUCGCGAUGUACAUCACGAAAAUACCAAUCCCUGAAAGUUGGAGAUUGGAGAUCAUUAGAUAUCUGUUUAACAAAGCGCAUCCGGUUGACGGUGGCUGGGGACUUCAUAUUGAACACCAUUCGACAGUCUUUGGAACCGCGUUGAAUUACGUUACGCUUCGAAUUCUGGGAGUUGAUGCUGACCAUCCGCUCAUGGUAAAAGCUCGAGGAACCUUGCAUAAACUGGGUGGUGCUGCUGGUGCUCCUUCGUGGGGCAAAUUUUGGUUGGCAAAUUUAAAUGUAUAUGAUUGGGAGGGGAUUAAUCCGAUUCCGCCGGAAUUUUGGCUUCUUCCCUACAGUUUACCAAUUCAUCCCGGUCGUUUCUGGAUUCACACACGUGUGGUUUAUCUUCCCAUGGGAUACAUUUACGGUAGAAGAUUGAGUGCUGAAAAAAUCCCAAACUUUCUUGGCCUUCGGGAAGUUUCUAUUCAAGAGUCCUAUGCUCUCAUACAAUGCGAAGACGAAAACACAGAUUACCUUGACAUCGCCCCUGUAGGUUUGGCGGAUGACCCCGCGUACCAUGAGUCGAUGAUUCGGGCACUAGAAUUCUUGGACUAUUCUCAGUUUAAAAAUGAUCCCAUUUACAUGGAUCGAUGUUAUCGAGGAAAAACAAAGGGUGCGUGGGGAUUUAGUACCCGUAAUCAAGGUUAUGUUGUGUCGGACUGCACUGCUCUCGGGAUGAGUGCGGUACUUGGCCUCCAGGAAAAGCUUAGGUGA